UAAAAAAAUUAAUUAAUUACAUUUUUCAUGACAUAUUCUUCGUGUAUUUGGAAGGUGUCUGAGUCCUGUUCAAUCCGAGCAGCCAAAUUUGGUGGUCGUUGACGAACUGCCCAAAUCCUUUGGCGUUCUCUUUCUGUCACGUUUUUUUUCUUUUGACUAAUUUAGCUGAACCACUUUGUCUGAAUGUUAAAAGCUGAUCCGGAUUUGACCAAUCUUUCUCAAGUUUUCAGCUUCCAUGGCUACGGACCCUUCACCGCAGAUCCCAACGAGGGCCAGUUCAAGGAGGUCCAGCAACUUGAUACACCCAGUUGAUGUAGAAACGCCACCUGUUAGGACUCCAAGUCCGAUCGUUUACAGAGAAAUCAAGCAUUUCAAGAAAUGGGUACCUUGGUUGAUUCCUGCUUUCGUGGUUGCCAACACUGUCAUGCUCAUCAUCACCAUGUACGUGAAUAAUUGUCCCAAGAAUUCUGUUUCUUGCAUUGCUGAUUUCUUAGGCCGGUUCUCCUUUCAACCCUUUAAGGAGAAUCCUCUUCUGGGUCCUUCUUCCGCCACGCUGCAGAAGAUGGGGGCUCUUGAUGUAAAGAAAGUGGUUGAUGGACACCAGGGAUGGCGUCUCAUCACUUGCAAUUGGUUACAUGGAGGGGUUUUUCAUUUGCUGGCAAACAUGUUGAGUCUUUUAGUUAUCGGAAUCCGGCUUGAGAGAGAAUUUGGAUUCAUACGGAUUGGACUGCUCUAUAUAAUCUCUGGAUUUGGUGGGAGUUUGCUGUCUGCUCUUUUCAUCCAGUCAAAUAUCUCUGUUGGUGCCUCUGGUGCACUUUUUGGGUUACUUGGAGCCAUGCUUUCUGAACUCAUUACUAAUUGGACAAUCUAUGCUAAUAAGGUGGCAGCAUUUGUGACUCUUCUGGUUAUCAUUGCCAUCAAUUUAGCAGUAGGAAUCCUACCACAUGUUGACAACUUUGCCCAUAUUGGAGGAUUUCUCACCGGUUUCCUUCUUGGUUUUGUCUUUCUCAUCCGCCCCCAGUUUGGAUGGGUUAGUCAAAGAUAUGCUCCUCCUGGAUAUUCAAGCUCAGCUAAACCUAAAUUCAAGACGUAUCAGUGCUUUUUGUGGAUCGUUUCUUUGAUUCUUUUAAUUGUGGGUUUGACUCUUGGCCUGGUUAUGCUCCUUCGCGGAGUGGAUGCAAAUGAUCAUUGUUCUUGGUGUCAUUACUUGUCUUGUGUCCCUACUUCAAGAUGGAGCUGCAAUACAGAGCCUGCGUACUGCUCGUCCACCCAACUAGGCAGCCAGGUAAAUGUAACGUGCUCCACCAACGGAAAGACCACCACGUACUUUAUGCCAAGCGCAAGCAGUUCUCAGAUCCAGAGUCUUUGUUCUCAGCAGUGCAGCUGAUUUAUAUUGGCAAGAGAUGGAACUUGGCAUGGAUCAUCACUUUCAUGUACAAAACUUUAUCAGUGCGAACUUGUUUCAGAGCCAUUCUUUUUAUAUGUUUAUAGUAAUACAUUUUAUCUUCCUAUGAUGCAUUGUUCUGUUAAUCGACCUUCAGCCUGGUGCUAACGAUUGAUUUGAUUGAUUUACUAUCAUUUACUAUAAUUUAGAACUGAGUGGGACAACUUACGGUCCUCUUUUAUUGA